CAGUUCUCGCAACUCACUUUUCACAAAAUCGCUUCUCUCAAACUUCGCAAAACGCAUACACCGCCGUUCCCUCUGUGUGAAUUUGUAUUCAUAGAUGCCUCGUUACAGAGACGAAUCCCCAGCAGUUCGUGUUUACACCGUCUGCGAUGAAUCAAGAUAUUUGAUUGUUAGGAAUGUUCCAGCAUUAGGUUGUGGCAAUGAUUUGCUCCAACUUUUUUCAACCUAUGGAGAAGUAGAGGAGUGUAAGCCAAUGGAUGCAGAAGACUGCGAGCAAUUCACUGAUGUUUAUUGGAUCAAAUUUCGACUUUUCAGCAAUGCCAGGUUUGCAAAAAGAAAAUUGGAUGAGUUUGUUUUCCUUGGAAACCGACUGCAGGUUUCGUAUGCUCCCCAUUUUGAGAGUUUGUCUGAUACAAAGGAUAAAUUGGAGGGAAGAAGAAGCGAGAUUUUAGCUCGGUUAAACCCUAGAAGAUCCAAAGAGACUAUAGCUUCAAACUCUAGGCCCCUGAUUAACUCAAACAUCAGUUGCAUAUCAGAACAUUUAGAGCCUAAUCAAAGGAAUGCGGAACUUGAAGGAAGAUCGAACAACGGUAAUCUUUCAAAAAGAACGGUUUCAUCUAAUGAGGAUUAUUUUUCCUCCCCUUCCAUGAACCAAACAGUGAGGAUUGUCAGGGACAAACUUGAUAAGAUUCAAUCCAGUGGUGAGCAUCUACAAGCUGGAUCAACAUCAAAAAAAGCACGAGUUGAUAAUAGGAGGAGGAUUUGAUGUGUAAACUUAGAAAGUUUUAUGUAAUUGUGAAUCUUUGAUGUUCUCUGGGUUGUGUUUGAGAGGUUGUUGGAGGGAAAGAAGAGAAGGGGGAGGCUUAUGGCUCUUCCUCGUUUGGGAGUUUUAUAGAAAACUUGAUAGACAUUGGGGAAAUUUUAAAAAACUCCCCAGACAUUCUUUAUAUGAAUUUUUUGAGUUCCUCUAAAUUGAGGGAUUCAAAAGAAAAAUUAAUUAAUUUACUCAUUUAGCUUUUGCAAAUUUGAAAAAUUACACUACUAAUAUCGCAACCGUACAUUUUUUUUUUUUAAAAAAUGUUUGGGUACUCAACAUUGUCGGAUUUCCUCCUCCUCUCUCUGAAGAUCUCUUCACUCUCUUCUUCGGGAACAAGAUCAAUCUCCUAUUCAGAAAUAGAUGUCAUAUGAGAGGUGAAGGUGUGUAUUGUGAAUUCCAUUGAAGGGUUUUGCUCUUGCAUUUACUUAGAGGUAACUCGGCUUGUAGUGAAUAUUCAUAACUGAAGUAUUGGAAUGAUCUGUUUAUUUGAUCUUUGGGAUCUAUGAAAGAAUUAUUCUUAGAUCUAUCUUGUUGGGAAUCAUAUUAUACAAUCAAAAUGUUGGAAAUUGGCGACAUCUAACAAAUUGCAGACGGAAGAAGUUCUCGAGGUUUAAUUAUAACAUCUCGAUUUUGAUUGAAUUAUGCUGAUUUGGUUCAUGGAAUUAUGUUGUGUGGUAGUUGCUUGUGCAAAUGGAAAGGUUAAGUUGAGUUGUCUGAUUCUUUCCUAUUUGUUAAAACAUGUAAAACUUCCCAAAUAUGUUGUUAAGAUGAAUUUUUGUUAUAUCAUUUCUUAUAUAAAAGCUUUUAUAUGU